AUGUAUUAUGCAUCUGGUAGUCUUGCCACAUAUUUUGAUGUUUCUUAUGAUAAACAAAUACAAGGUGUUGGAUCUAAAUCAAUUGCUGACGAAUUUAUAGUAAACAUUAAAAAGUAUAUCCCUGACGAUUUUAUUACAAAUUAUGAUGUUUUUAUACAAACUGUUCAAUCAGAUGCAUAUAGUUUUAAACCAAUGGGAGAAAAAAUUUGUGAAUAUAAUAUAGACGAUGAAGACGAUACAUCAUAUGAAAUAUACAUGGGAACAUUUUUGACACCAGGUCUUAAACAAUACCAUAGACGACUACGAACAUUUGUAUUAUAUUAUAUUGAAGUUGCAGGCGGAGAGAAUAUUUAUAGUAUAGUCGGAUUUUGUACAGCAUAUCCUUAUUAUUUUUAUGAUCUUGAGAAGAUUAUUAAUGGAACUAAAAGUAAUAUGAAUAAUGAGAAAUCAAUAUUACUCAUAAACGAAGACAUAAAUCCCAUAACUAGUAUAAGGAUGAGAAUAAGUCAAUAUGUAGUUUUUCCACCUUUUCGAAAUAAAGGUCAUGGAGGUAAACUUUAUCAAGCAUUAUAUAAUAAUUAUUUGGCAGAUUCUAGAAUUAAAGAAAUAACAGUCGAAGAUCCAAAUGAAGCAUUUCAAGAAUUGCGAGAUCGUAAAGAUUUAGCAUUCAUUAUGGAAAAUAAAUUAUUUGAGGGAUUAAAAGCUCCUGUUGAUAAAAAAUUAAUUGAAUCGUUAAGAAAAAAAUAUAAAUUUGAAAAACGACAAUUUUCACGUUGUUUAGAAAUUCUUUUAUUAAGAAGUUUAGACAAGACAAACGUUGAAGAAUAUAAAGCGUAUAGAUUACAAGUAAAGGAACGGCUAUAUCAUUGGAAUGCGGAAUCAUUGAGACAGUUUACUGUAGAUGAAAGAAAACAACAUUUAGGAGAAACCUAA